CGUUCAUGACGACAUCAGAAUUGUGUAUAGGCCUUGUCAUGCUGUCUGACAUCACAUACGAGCUAGCACGGGCGUGCCACAUUCUUUCCGGCUAGUUUCAUGAUGAAUGUGGGUUGUUGCACAACAGGAAAGAAAAUAUCCAGGUUUAACUACAUUUAGAAAAUCGAUUUAGUGCGAUUCCUUGUAUUCAGAGCAUCAUGGCGGACAUUCGUCUCGCAGGAAUAAUUGUGGUGAUUUUGGCUUCGCUUAAUGUCUCGCUUGCCCAGACAGUAUCCACAUCGGACCCAUUUACCGCCAGUCCAGGUAAAUCUGAUACAACCUCUGCGUCGGGCACACCAACAAAUGAAUUCACAACUCAGCAGCCGACGACCCCAACUACUCUAAGCCUGACAACGGCACCCCUCACGUCACCAACUAACGAAUCCACAGCACAGCAGCCGACAUCACCAACUACUCCAAGCCUGACAACGAAACCCCUCACUUCACCAACUGACGAAUCCACAACACAGCAACCUACAACCCCAACUACUCUAAGCCUGACAACAGAACCUCUCACUUCACCAACUGUCGAAUCCACAACAGAGCAGCCGACAACCCCAACUACUCCAAGCCUGACAACGGAACCCCUCCCUUCACUAACUGACGAAUCCACAACACAGCAGUCGACUACUACAAGCCUGACAACUGAACGUCUCACUUCAACUGACGAAUCCACAACAGAGCAGCUGACAACCUUAACUACUCCAAGCCUGACAAUGGAACUUCUCACUUCACCAACUGACGAAUCCACAACAGAGCAGCCGACAACCCCUACUACUCCAAGCCUGACAACGGAACCUCUCAAUUCACCAACCGACAAAUCCACAACAGAGCAGCCGACAACCCCAACUACUCCAAGCCUGACAACGGAACCUCUCACUGCACUAACUGACGUAUCCACAACAGAGCAGCCGACAACCCCAACUACUCCAAGGCUGACAACGGAACCUCUCAAUUCACCAACUGACGAAUCCACAACAGAGCAGCCGACAACCCCAACUACUCCAAGCCUGACAACGGAACCUCUCACUUCACUAACUGACGUAUCCACAACAGAGCAGCCGACAACCCCAACUACUCUGAGGCUGACAACGGAACCUCUCAAUUCACCAACUGACGAAUUCAGAACUCAGCAGCCGACAACCCCAACUACUCCAAGCCUGACAACAGAACCUCUCACUUCACCAACUUACAAAUCCACAACAGAGCAGCCGACAACCCCAACUACUCCGAGGCUGACAACAGAACCUCUCACUUCACCAACUGACGAAUCCACAACAGAGCAGCCGACAACCCCAACUACUCCGAGGCUGACAACAGAACCUCUCAAUUCACCAACUGACGAAUCCACAACAGAGCAGCCGACAACCCCUACUACUCCAAUCCUGACAACAGAACUUGUCACUUCAACUGACGUAUCCAGAACUCAGCAGCCGACAACCCCAACUACUCCAAGCCUGACAACGAAACCUCUCACUUCACCAACUGACGAAUCCACAACAGAGCAGCCGACAUCACCAACUACUCCAAGCCUGACAACGGAACCUCUUACUUCACCAACUGAUGAAUCCACAACAGGGCAAAUGAAAAACCAAACUACUAUCUUCAGCACAACUACAGAACCCUUAAAUAAAACAUCCGAAACAUACGAACCCACAGAGCAAAUGGAAAACCAAACUACUAUCUUCAGCAUAACUACAGAACCCUUAAAUAUAACGUCCGAAACCUACGAACCAACAACAGAGCAAAUGACAACAAAACCUGUAAAUACAAUAACCGAAACAUACGAACCAACAUCAUUAAUGACUACAAAACCCUCAACUACAACAACCAAACCAUACCAACCCACAGAGCAAAUGGAGAACCAAACUACUAUCUUCAGCAAUACUGCAGAAACCAUCAAUACUUCUCCAAAGUUCUCCGAGGAACCAAUCAGGUCACCGGUGACCACGGGCAUCCCUACAACGCAGAAACCAAACACGCCCAAAGAUGAAAUGCCAGUUUUUGAAAAAAAUCCAGAGAAAGUUAUCUCUGUUGAAGUUGCCAUUUCGGAGAGUUCCACAAAUUGUCGCCCAGAUAAGGAUCCAGCGUCUAACGAAUGCACUGAUCUCAAAACAAAGUUCCAAACUGAUGUUGAGGUCCUCUACAAGAAAAUCGAAGGAUUUCUGCGGAUUGAAUUGCUGGACUUACGGAAAGGCAGUGUGGUUGUCCCUCACAACGUUGUGUACAACUACACGGGGAUGAGAUCAGAAGACCAAGACCUGACGGCCAUGGACGUGUACGACCGGACCCUGGCACCGGCGGUUGAGCAAGGCAAACUGGGCGAUCUCAUUGUGGUAGCUUGUCUAACUUGUAGCCCUCCAACUGACGAAACAAACUUUUGCGAUUACAUCAAGGAUGGUUUCGCAGUGUGCGAGAACCCCUACCUGGAGCUGCAGUGCGUCGACGGCGGGUACUUGUCCUGCCGCUCGCCCUGCAAACGUGACGAGGGUUACUGCAAUGAUCACGGGGAGUGCACCCAAGCAGACACGGCCGAUCCCGUCUGCAAGUGCCUGGACACCGCCGAGGCUUGGUACACCGGCGAGAGAUGCGAUGGCUUCAUCAGUAAAACUUGGCUGAUAGUCGGAGUCUGCGUCGGGUCGGUCGUGCUGAUUAUUGUGAUUGCUGGCGGUGUGUGUUUCUUCAGGAAGCGAGCUAAAAAAGAUGACUUGUUUACAAGACGAAGGAAGAACAGCUACAUGUCAGAUUUUGAUGAAGGAGACAGCAUCAACAUGGUACAGUGCCACAGUUUAAAUGUUCUGUCCGGUGGAAUAGAUCGCCCGGCUAUUCUGCAGGAAGGGGCGCGACAGGAGCGGGAACACGUCUAUGUAGAGGUGGAAGAUGAACAAGACCCUAAGCCAAGUAUAUCUGAGUACACUGAAGAAGUUCCCAUCGUAAGCCUGGCGUUGGAAGAUGAAAACUCUCAGCCUAAGACUCUAGAUCCUGUCCAACCAGACUCCACAACAACACAAGCAUCACCCAAAACUGAUUUGGACACAGUCUACUUUUGAGGAGCUAAAUCGACAAUUGGCUAAUCAUUGAAGAUGACGGCGAUAGACCGUAUUAACUUAAGUGCCUUUAUGGUAUAUUCAUUUUGGUAUAUCAUCAUUAAUUGAUUUUGGGAUAUAUUCAUAUAAUUUGUAAUUAUCUUGAAAAUUAGAAUGUGUUGAAUUUUGUUUAUGUGAAAGACGGUUAUUUUGCCUUAUAAUAAACCGUGCAUGUUGGCUUUUCUUUCUUUAAAGGCAUGCAGGAUGAUUUGCAUUUAUCCAAAAAGACCUAUAACGAAUUACACUAUCAAAACGCUUAGUAGGAAUAUGGAUCGUAUGCCUAUAUACUGGUACUUAACACCCCCCCCCCCCCGUGAAAUUAUUCCGGUAUGGUUUCCUUUCAUCAAGAAGAAAUUAAGAAACAUGGGUGAUUUCCAACAAAAUUGAAUGAUUUGUGAAAAUACAGGGCACCUUGGACAAAAUGGUGUUUUGUGAUUAUGUUGUGCAAGGUUUUCACUGUUUUCUCGAAAAGUGUAUAUCCACGGCGCUGAAACACUACGCUGAAAGUUAGGUUUUGAACCUUUUCUUCGCAUUUUGAGUGGUAUUAAUAUUGGAAACGAACAAAAUGCAUGAAAAGCAAAUAAUCCUAAAUUAUGCCUUUAACGAAACAUAUUGAUUGGGCCGUUUUUAUAAGUAGAACCGAUUGGAUGUGAUUAGAUUAUAUCAAAUUCAUAUUUUUAAUAGUCUUUUUCAGUUUCCUUAUAGAAAGUUAUCCUGCUGUAGACCAGUUUUAUAUUUAUUUUUUCUUAGUCCUUUUUUUAUGAAAACAGUACUUAGAUGAUAACUUUAAGAUAUUGCGAAUGCAAAGUACAAUCAUACAAUCCGCUUGUAGUCAGCCAUCUGAUAUUAUAUUUAUUUUUUAAUAAUGUGGGUAUUUAAACUAUGCGGUUAUCAGCAUCAUCAAAAACAUUACAGCGGUCGCAACCGAGAUCCCAUUCACAACGCCACACCAGCUGCAGCUGGUGUCUUUAUCCCUCAUUAUGUAUGGAAGGUCCUCAGUUUCAUGUUGGUGUCUCUGCCUUCCCCGUCAAUGUGAUUGAAAGUUCUCGUCUUCCAUAGACAAUUAACAUGCCGCCACCAGUUCAGUCACGUUUCCUGUAUCCAAUAACAGUAUACUGAAUGAUAACUUCUUUCGGGCAGAAAAGAACCAGACUAUUUUUCCUUCCAGCCUCGCUUUGGUUAUGUUGAUUUGAAUGGGAAACAAUCAAGAUGGCCGCAACGCGAUAGGACACGGAAUUCUCCAACAUAAUUCCUCGGAUGUAGUCUUCAACACGAUAACAGCGGCCAGCAAAUCGUUAUCGACGUUGAGCAACAAUAGCAGAUGGGUGGAAUGUCUCCGUAAAUCUGUUCUUUGGUCUUGUGCUCACGCCAUGAGAUGUUCUGUGCCCUCAUGAUAGGGUUUAUAUAAAUCAGAUAGACCGUUAAUUGGCGAUUUUAACGUUAGGUGAAACUGUUUCGUUUGGUGGAGCUACCGAAUCUUGUAAUGUCUUUGUAAAAAAAAACAUGUAUAAAUUUCUAAACUAAUUGAAAGCAAACAGACGCGCAAUAUUUUUAUACAUAUAGCCCAGAUGACGAAUGAAUUUUUGUACAUAAUGCUUUACUCUAAGAUUGAUAUCCUGACCAAUUUUGUGAGGUGCAUCGUCGUUUAUUGAAACUCUCACACAAGUAGUUGUGUUUAGAUAUAUUUUUAUGUGUAACUUUAAUCUAUAUUUAUCGUUUACUUUAAAAAGAUGUAUAGUAGGCUUCAUGGUACAAAAAAAACAUUAUUUAGAAUUUGUGUAUUGCUAGUUGAGUACUUUUUUGACUAACAUUUGACUGUUUUUGUUUUCUUGGGUUCAAUUUCACGGAACUGCUAUUGUUUCGCACACCUGUCUUAUGCAGCUACUCGUUUACAGCCUUUUCAGCAACUUAACGAGGAUUGUGGUGUGCUGUCUCAAAUGGUGGACACUUGUGCAGGGUGCUCUGAUACCUGUAUAUACAAAGUUGGUGCAAGUACAAAGUCAGCUCCUAUGAUCUAGGCGCUGAUGGCUCCCUUGAACUGCUCCACAGUGGGCAGCUCAAUGAUGUCUUGGGGGAGCACAUCCCAGUCCCGCAAAGUUCUUGGAAAGAAGCUUUGCCUGUAGUUGUCAGAACGGGAGCUGAGUCGCAUGAAUCUGUGUUGAUGUUGUUGCCGUGUUGUACGGAGUCUUGGUUGGAUGUUGU